UUUGACGUUUAGGUCCAAGAGCGUACGUCAUUGGUACGGAGCAGUAGAGGGGCCUGUGUCAUUGGUGAAUGACCGAAGAUGUCGCAUAGUAGGUUGUUUGCCCGACUGCUCUUGCAGCAGAAUGGGGUGAGGAACUGUUAUACUGCUUCAAGGAAGCACCUGUACAUUGAUAAAGACACCAAGGUCAUUUGCCAAGGCUUCACUGGGAAGCAGGGGACAUUUCACAGUCAGCAAGCGAUCGACUAUGGCUCCAAGCUAGUAGGUGGAGUAUCACCUGGCAAGGGGGGAAAGACGCACCUCGGAGUGCCUGUCUUCAACUCCGUCAAGGAGGCUAGAGCGGGCACUGGGGCUGACGCCUCGGUAAUCUACGUGCCCCCUCCGUUCGCUGGCGCUGCCAUCAUGGAGGCCAUUGACGCCGGUAUGCCCCUGGUGGUGUGUAUUACCGAGGGCAUCCCCCAGCAGGACAUGGUCCGGGUCAAACACAAGCUGCUGCGCCAGAAUACCACUCGCCUUAUUGGACCCAACUGCCCUGGAGUAAUUAACCCUGGAGAAUGCAAGAUUGGGAUCAUGCCAGGCCACAUUCACAAGAAAGGGAGAAUUGGCAUUGUCUCCAGGUCGGGAACUCUCACAUAUGAAGCAGUCCACCAGACUACGCAAGUUGGCCUGGGGCAGUCUCUCUGCAUUGGCAUCGGCGGUGACCCCUUCAAUGGGACAAACUUCAUCGACUGUCUGGAGGUAUUCCUACAGGACCCCAAGACUGAGGGCAUCAUCCUGAUUGGAGAGAUUGGGGGCAACGCCGAGGAAAACGCCGCCGAUUACCUCAAACAGCACAACUCUGGAGCGAAUGCCAAGCCAGUGGUGUCCUUCAUUGCCGGGCUCACGGCCCCACCGGGCCGUAGGAUGGGCCAUGCUGGGGCCAUUAUCGCCGGGGGCAAGGGCGGAGCCAAAGAGAAGAUUGCCGCCCUGCAGCAGGCUGGCGUGGUGGUUAGUAUGUCCCCUGCCCAGCUGGGUAGCACCAUGUUCAAGGAGUUUGAGAAGAGGAAGAUGUUGUGAACCAGUCAAGGCAACACCUCGUCAGCUCGCCAUCUGCACAUGCUCCCCGAUCAUAGGCGAGCCCAUUUGGCAUUCCCUCCAGCGUCUUCCAAUCCCCCUCAACCCUCCUGCAGUUUGGUUAAACUACAAUACAUGCAGCGUUUCAAUGUUUUUGAUUUCAGCUUUGAAUUCACACAUUUCCAUGAGAAAGGGAUUAGAUAUCUCAAUGGUGUUCUUUUAAAUACACAACGACGUGCUGGUUAUAGACUUUAGUGAAACAGCCUUUUAGAGGACAGUUAUUUUCACCCAUUCUUGUAGCUUCCUAUGUGUCACAUUUAGUCGGACAACGGAGGAGGGAUGCCAUGGCAACCUAGGUGACUAUUUCUGUGUUCUAAUGUAACUAAGUAUUCCAUCAACUUGUCUGUUCUCGCUGGCUGUACACCUGAUAUAAGAAUAUUUCUCAAACACC